GAAGCCGCACUGGUGCCUCACCUGCCUGCUGCGCUGCUGCGUGCGCCGGCGGGAACCAGCAAGCUGAAGUGGAACUUCGAGCUGCUUGGGGCGGCUGUCGGGGAUGAGGACUUCACUGACCAGCACACUGCCUCACGGGUUCGAGCGGCUGCCCCCUUAGUGGAGGCUUUGGCUGAGCUUGAGGAUGCGCAGGUUGGUUUGCGCCUCCUGCGCAGCUGCGCUGGGCACUGCCGCCUUGUGCAUGGCUCGCGUUGUGCUCCGCCCUCUGGCCAGCGCAGCGCUCUCCAGCACUUCGACUCCUUGGUGCGUGAUUGCUUUUCCGGCCUUACGGGCCUGCACCUAAAUGGCUGGCAGUGGGAGCAGGCGGGGCGCGGCCUUGCAUAUGCCGGCCUCGGUCUCCGCUCAGUCGCUUCAGAUGGCGCUGCGGCUUACCUGGCCUCACUUGGAGGUUGCUUGGAAGCUUGUCGGGCCAUCGACCCACACUACGCUGCCGCCGGCCUUGCUACGGAGCCUAGUGUUGUGGCCGCUGCGGCUGGCCUGCCGCAGCCCCUUGCCCCGCACCUAGCGCUUGCCAUGAAGCAGAAGGCGCUCACCAAAGCCGCUGAUGAAGCCGGCUGGCAACGGCUGAGCCGGGCCCGGGCCUUCUUGGCCGCAGUCCCGGUUGGUCGCAAGCGCAUGGACACUGCCGCGUUCGUGGCUGAACUGCGGCAGCGCCUGCACGUCCCGGACAGCUCUCAGGACACCUGGUGCCCCCGCUGCAACGGCAUCUUGGAUAGUCAUUCGCUGCAUGCAGGCACCUGCAUUGCAGGAGGAGAGCGAACCAUGCGGCAUAAUGCCGCCAGGGACCUCGUCUGUUGGUGGGCAGACAAGGCUGGUCUCAACCCAGAGAAGGAGAAGCCAGGCUUGCUGCUCCCACAGCGUCCGGAGGACGCGGGACAGGCUGGCAGACGUCCUGCAGACAUUUACUUGCCUAGCCUUUCGGGCUUCCCAGCUGCACUUGAUCUCGCCAUUACGGCGCCGCAGCGGCCGGAGUCCUUGGCCCAGGCCAGUCAGUCUGCCCUUGCCGCGGCUUCGGCUUACAAGCUUGCCAACCAUUUGGGCACGGCCCAGGCCUGCCAAGAGCAAGGUGCGGUUCCUGCCUCUUGUUCAGGAAGCCACUGGUGCGUGGGAGGCCUCAGCUGCCAACGUCCUGCUGCAGAUUGCGAGGGCGGUUGCGGCUCGCACACAAGAAGAGGCAUCGCAAGUGCAUGCCGAGAUGCUCCAGGAACUGCGCGUGUCAGCCCGUAG